GAAGUCAACGUAUUUGGUAUUAAGUACUAACAAAGCUUUAUUUCUCUCUCUCUAGAUCUCUACUUUGUUUCCCUUCUCUUCUUCAGCUUCUACUUGUUGUAGUUAUCAUCUUCAUCACACUCAGACUAAUCAGAGGCUUCAAAUUAUUCUCUUCUUCUCUAGUUUUCCACAAAAGUGACCAAAAUGAUCAUUAAUAAUCUUGAUGAUCUUGGGGCCUCUAGCUCUAUAUCUCUUGAUGAGAAGAAAUAUGAUGUUUUCAUUAGUUUUAGAGGUGAAGACACUCGUUGUAACUUCACUAGUCAUCUCUAUAAUGCACUAGAGGAGAAUGAGAUAGAAACCUACAUUGAUUACAGACUUGAAAGAGGAGAGGAAAUCUCCAAGGCUCUCACAGACGCCAUCGACCAAUCGAAGAACUGUGUAGUUGUCUUCUCUCAAAACUAUGCAAGUUCUAGGUGGUGCUUGGAUGAGUUAGUGCAUAUUUGUAAAUGCAUGGAAAAGGGGAUUCUCGAUGUUUUGCCUGUUUUUUACCAUGUUGAUCCAUCUGAUGUGCGAAAUCAGAAGAGAAGUUAUGAAACUGCAUUCUCAAAAAAUGAAGAACGAUUUCCCCAAGACAAGAUAAAGAAAUGGAGGGUUGCUCUAGCUACAGCAGCUAACCACUCUGGAUGGGAUGCAUCCAAGUUCAGGGAUGAUGCCGACUUAGUUAAAGACAUUGUCAAAACUAUACGAGGGAAAAUGGGCAAGAAGACCGACCCUGAUUUCGAUAGGCUUCUUGAAGAACUAGAGACUAAGUCCCUCCCUCUUGCUGAGGUGCUUGUUGAUGCAGAGCAUAAGCAGAUGAGCAACCCAGGAGUUGAGAAAUGGCUAGACAAGCUUCGAGAUGCUGUGGAAGAUGCGGAGUAUCUCUUGGAGGAAGUUAAGUAUGAUGCGCUCAAACUCAAGGUGGAGAAAGAGCCAAAACUGAAAUCAACUAUUCAAGAAAGAAAGAAAGAUAUGAAGAAGAUUCUAGAGAAGUUGGAUACUUUCAAAAAUGAUAAGUUCAUCCUUGAUUUGCAAACAAAUGCUGAAAAAAUCCCAUUGCAGAGGCCACCUUCAACAUUCUCCAUAAAUGAUUCUGAAUUUUUCGGCAGAGAUGAUGAAAAGGAAAUUUUGAAAGAGAUGUUGCUGUCAAAUGAAGUGGAUGGUGAAAAAAUAUGUGUGAUUCCAAUUAUGGGCAUGGGUGGGAUCGGUAAAACUACGCUUGCUCAAGCUCUCUAUAACGAUGAUGAAGUUAACAAUCAUUUUGAACUCAAAGCAUGGGUUUGUGUCUCAGAUGAAUUUGAUGUUUGUAAGAUAACCAAAACGAUUCUUGUAGCAGUAACUAGAAAGGCUUGUGACAUUGAGAACUUGAGUGUGCUGCAAGAGAAGAUACAAAAAGAAUUGGACGAAAACAAGUUCUUGAUUGUUUUGGACGAUCUUUGGAGUGAGGACUACGAUUUUUGGGAUACAUUAAGGAUGUUUUUCAACGUCGGGGCACAAGGUAGCAAGAUAAUCGUCACAACAAGAAGCGAAAAAGUUGCAUCAAUUGUGGGAACGACUGCAUCUCACCAUCUUAAUGUAUUAAGUGAAGAAGCUUGUUUUAAAUUAUUUUUCAAAAUUGUAAGUGGCAAUAAAGAAUUUACUACAACUGAUUCCAACUUGGGGAGAAUCGUACAAGAGCUUGUUAGGAAAUGCAGUGGUUUGCCAUUGGCUGUGAAGGCAAUUGCAAGCCUCUUACGCGUCACGAAAGUUAAGGAAUGGAGAAGAAUAGCAAAAAGUGAUAUUUUGGAUUUACCAGUUGGAGAGAAAAAUAUUAUUCCAGCUUUGAGAUUGAGUUACCAUUAUUUGCCAUUGCACUUAAAGCGAUGCUUCGUUUAUUGUUCUUUAUUUCCUAAAGACUACGAAUUUAAAAAGGAGGAGUUGGUCUUACUCUGGAUGGUAGAUGAUUUGUUGAAGCAUUCAAGUGGAAAUAGGACUAUGAAAGAAGUGGGAUAUGAGUAUUUUGAAGAUCUAGUGUCUCGAUCAUUUUUUCAACCUGCAAUUGCAAGUCGUUCGUACUCAACAGAUUGUUUCGUGAUGCAUGAUAUUAUGGUUGAUUUGGCCCUUUUUGUAUCUAGAAAGAAAUUUAUUUACACAGAGAAAGAUCCAAUGUAUGACAUUGGAUUGAUGAAGAAAAUACGACACAUUGCAUUUGAAGUGGACAUCAACUGCAAUGCUUUUCAUGAGACUUGCCAAUUAAUUUUUGAAGCAAAUUGUUUGCGUACAUUUAUGCCUGUUACUAAAAGGUAUCACCAUAGUUAUUCGAAUAAAUUGCUGCAAGUACAAGAUGUGAUGAAAGAUUUGAUGAAAUUGAGGCGUUUGAGAUUUUUAUCUUUAGCGUGUUAUGAAAAUGUCAGCGAGUUGCCUAAUUCAGUAGGUGACUUAAUACAUCUUCGCCACUUGGAUCUUUCUUGGACUUCAAUCAAAGAAUUGCCCGAAUCUGUGAGUUUGUUGUACAAUUUACAAACUUUAAAAUUGAUUAGGUGUCUGCAACUCUCCAAGUUCCCUACAAAUUUACAUCAUUUGAUUAAUUUGAGAUAUCUUUACAUGAGUCGUUGUAAGUUUAGUACAUUGCCACCACUUGGGGAAUUGCCUGCACUCUUAACUCUUUCGAUUGAAGACUGUGCAACAGUAGAGGUGGUGGGUGUUGAUUUUUACGGAACUAGUUCUUCCCGAUCAUUUCCAUUGCUGGAGUCCUUGACAUUCAAACACAUGCGAAACUGGAAAGAAUGGUCAGCACCAAAACCAAACAUGGAAGUGUUUCCGAAGUUAACAUCACUUACUAUGUCCAGUUGUGAUAGUCUAACGGGAGAUCUGCCUCGCCUCCUACCAUCUUUAACAGAGCUUCGUGUAGAAUACUGUCGAAAGCUUGCUUCAUUGCUCCCAGAUAUGCCAAAUAUCACUAGUCUACAUGUUGAGGGGUGUGACAUGAUUCCAGGACUCAAAUCAUGUAGCGGUCUUCAAAGUUUUAAUUAUUUGGAGUCCUUACAUCUAGAGCAUUGCAAAAAUUUAGAAUUUCUACCCUCCUCUGUUUAUGAAUCUCUCCAAGAACUUCUUGUUGUACGUAUCUCUUCUAGCUCCUUCAAAUUGCUUUCUCUAGAUUACUUUCCCAAUAUUAGGAAUGCCUUUGUUCAUGGUUGUGAAAAUCUAGAGUCUUUCAAGCUAUUACAUAGCCUAAACUCUCUAUCUUCUCUCUGCAUCGAACACUGUCUUAAUUUUACAUUACUGCCUGAUAGCAACCUUCAUUGUCCAGCUCUUACUAAACUCUACUUUAAUUGUUGCAACAAGUUAAAAUUUUUGCCAGAAAAGUUGUCUAGUCUACUCCCUUCUUUACAAGUACUAGAUAUCGAUGGUUGUCCAGAGUUAGAAUCACUUCCUAAACUUGGGUUGCCUUUAAGUUUGUGUGAGCUCACCAUUAGAAACUGCAAGACAUUGAUUGCAUCAAGAAAGAAAUGGAAUUUGCGAGCACUUCCUAAUUUGACAAGCUUUUCUAUUGGAGGUUAUUAUACUGCAGAUAUGGAGCUCUCUAUUCGGACAAGAUUCCCUGUUCCAGAUUAUUAUAAUGAACGUAUGGAGUCUUUUCCAGAGCCAGGGUUGCUACCAACUAGCCUUACCUGUCUCAAAAUCUGGUUCGCUCAUUGUCUUAAAACCAUAAACAAGAAGGGGUUUCGAGAACUCAAAUCCUUGAAAGAACUACACAUCUAUAGGUGCCCCGAGUUGUGGUCACUUCCAGUAGAAGGUUUGCCACCCUCUUUCGAAGGUUCACUGCCGCCUUCUUUUGAAACAUUCUUUAUGGAUGGUUGCCCUUACUUGGAAGAAAAGUAUGAGUGGGAAGGAAAUGGUGAUCUUAAGAAGAUUCGUUGCAUCAGUUGCUUGAAGUCUCACAUGAAGCAACCAAUACCGAAUCGAGGUAGUGAGGUUGGAAUGGAUGUUGUCCUAUGUGAUAUUCAAGUGUUCAUGGAGUCUUAUGAGGUUGAAUUAAUGAAUGAAAAGGUGGAGCAAGGAUCUUUAUGA